UUAACAGUCCUUUUCCUCAUCUCUGGAAUCUGGAACAAUACUAAGACUUGCCUUCAAACUUGCAAAAGGAUGUGUCUUUUCCCCUUUCAGGACGUUCAAGGCUGUAACUUGAGAACUUGGAGGGAUGUAGGAGAAAGUUUAACUCGGCUUAGUUAUUCCCGCCUCUACCUCCACCCUCUCCGUACAAACAACAUCCACGCCACGUCACCCAGUGCCUGCGCUGGGAGUGGGACUGCACAGCUUCGAUGUUCUUCCACUACUCUAUCAGAAGGAACAGAUCAACUUAGGAGAGGCAGCGAACCAAAGGCUUCCCACAGAUAAAGUGCUCCAGAAGAAAAAACAAAAGUACCUGUGGAACUCUAAGCAAAGGCUGACUCCAAAGGUUAAAUUCCAAGCUCAAUGCAAAUACUAGUGAAGAUUUAAGAGAGGUAGUGUAAGUUUAAUUCUGCCAAAGGAGGAAAAAUCCUGCUUGUUACUUACCGGAAAAAAAUAUAGUUGAAUGGAAAGGAAUUAUUCGGCUGCUGAAAAAAGAGGAAGAGUAACAUCCUUAUCCAGGUUUUUAAGUGGGGAACCAAAAAGCACCUAUUAAGAGAAGUUAAGAAAACUGUUGUAGGGACAUCAUCCUUCCCAGGAUAAAUUAACUGUUUGCCUUCAGACCCCCUUGGAACAUUCUUGGGUCAGCAUGAAUAUAUUUCGGAUCCUGGGUGAUGUCUCUCACCUAUUAGCCAUGAUCAUGUUGCUGCUGAAGAUCUGGAGAUCAAAGUCUUGCGCUGGUAUCUCAGGAAAGAGCCAGAUCCUUUUUGCACUUGUCUUCACAAGCCGUUAUCUUGACUUAUUCACCAACUUCAUCUCCAUCUACAAUACCAUCAUGAAGGUUGUUUUCUUAACCUGUGCAUACGUUACCGUGUACCUGAUCUAUGGGAAAUUCCGGAAAACCUUUGACAGCGAGAAUGAUUCUUUCCGCCUUGAAUUCCUUUUAGUUCCCGUUACAGGCCUGUCAUUUUUGGAAAACUAUAAUUUUACACCUUUAGAGAUUCUCUGGACUUUCUCGAUUUACCUGGAAUCAGUGGCUAUUCUUCCACAGCUUUUCAUGAUUAGUAAAACAGGUGAAGCCGAGACAAUCACUACACACUAUCUUUUCUUCUUGGGUCUUUAUCGUGCUCUCUAUCUUGCAAACUGGAUCUGGCGAUACCACACAGAGAACUUCUACGAUCAGAUUGCUGUGGUUUCUGGUGUAGUACAGACCAUCUUCUAUUGCGACUUUUUUUACCUCUAUGUCACCAAAGUAUUAAAAGGAAAGAAGCUGAGUCUCCCAAUGCCUAUCUGAAGACGUGGACAAGCAAAGCACACUCCUGAAGAUCCUGCUCCAGAACUGUAGGAUGUAUUCUUCUGCUUUUCUACCAUAUGGCUCAGACAGCAUUUAGAGAACUUGCCUAUUCCUCUACACCAUGACCAGCAGACUGUGCCUUGAGUGUUUGAGGUCUGGAUAUCUAACAUUUUAGUCUUAAAAUUUUUUGAUUGUUUAAUGUUGAACAAAACAAGUAUUUGCAUUUUCUUUUGUAUUGGAGUGUUCCGUUGGUGUUUGCUUGUGACAAAUGAAAUAGUGUGAAGUACA